GGGUGGUUCUCAGUGGAACUCUGGUACUUCUCGGGUCCAAAGAACCCUGCAGAGGCAUUUGGAGGAGGUCCAUCCAGACACGAUGGCAGAAUUUCUUCUCACCUUCGGCAGCUUCGUGACCUCAGCAGCUUCUCCAACACAGGAAAGAGACGUCCAUCCGGCCGCCGGCAGCAUCUAAAGGGACCUGAUUCUCUUCCUCAAAGCUUCUCUUCUGCACCAUCGAUGGCGGUUAGUCCUCUGGAAGGUCUGAUGUCGGUGGCGAUGAAACAUCACCUGGUCCCCGCGGCAGAACCACAGGUCCAACCGGGCCGUUCAACCAGCAGCCCCACGCCGCUGCUCCAGCACCAGCACGGAACCCGCAGCGUCUGGCCCGCCAAGAAGUGGGUUCAGCCCAUCUGUGGGUCCAGGUCCAGCUCUGGUUCUGGGUCAGUGAUCCAGUCCAGGACGCUGAGGAGUCAGAACUGUCCAGAAAACGCUGCACGGGAGCGAAGCCGUGUUCGAAACCUGCGACAGGCUUUUCACAAUCUGCAGGCGGCGCUGCCUUCUGUCCCGCCCGACACCAAACUGUCCAAACUGGAUGUUCUGGUUCUGGCUACAAACUACAUCGCUUACCUAACCGAGACGCUGGACCAGGAGGGGGCGCUGUCCGAGCGCACCCUGCCGUCCAGGCAGGGCGGAUACCUGCAUCCUGUCAAGAAGUGGCCCAUGCGUUCUCUGCUUUACUGCGGCAGCGUGGGAGAUCUGCUGUCAGGGGUGCCGACCAAUCAGAUGCCUCCACCUGGACGGGACACACCCACUGACCCUCACUGACCAACAGAGGCCUACGUCCAAAUUAAAACAGCCAAGCUCAGAAAGUUAGUGCCUAUAAAAGGAACUGACAGGUUUUUGUUAUUUUAUGUCAAAUUAAAGUAACAUUAUACAGGAUUUGAUUUUUUUUUUUUUUAGUUACUUUGUUUAAUGUCCAAGUAAAAACAAAUCUUUGAAAUACGAGCUGAAUGUAAAGAGUCCGACAUAGUGCAGAAA